AACUGCAAGUUUUCCCUGUGUCUGUGAAGCAGUGCUUAGAGUCCAAGACAGUAGACGUCAUCUUUAUUAUACUUCUCUGACUGGACGAGCAAGGAGCAGUUAGAGUCCAUGAGAAAGCGAGUUCAAGUACAUGUCUGCACUGACCAUGAUUGUAUUACGUAAUAUAAGGUUUUCUGCAACUGUUGUGGUGUUCGCUGUUAUUUUUAUGCACAGUGAUGACUAGGGAAAACCGUUUCUACUAAUUUACUUAAAAGUAUAGUUAACCCAGAAUUCUGUCAUCAUUUACAUUAUCUCAUCAAUGCCCUGUCUAUUUUUUUCUUUUCAUGAUACACACUUUAAAUUUCAGUCAUACUGGACACAGCCACUUAAUGUGCUAGAAUUAAAUGGGUAAAUAAUAAGUAAAUACUCUUUCAAACAACAUGUGCUUUAAUACAAUAUAAUUUAAUUCAGUUUGGUGCAUUGAGUUAGACCUUUAGUAACAGAUGCGUGUGCAUUAUUUUCUGUUUACAGGUGCAGAAAUGAAAGCUCCCAAGCAAAGAACUCACUGGACUAAGAUGUGGAAAGACAUGCUGCAGAAUAACCAACUAUGAAUAGCAACAAGAGCAGCUUUCACUGAUUACCUCUAAAAAUGUGUCAUAGUAACAGUUAGGAGCCUCAUUCAAGUAAAUGCAUGCAUGGGUAAUUUGAAAAGAUGUCGGCAGCAACAAAAAAGUCACGUGACUGAAACCCAUGAAUAGUUUGGCGCUUUUCUGACGAUCUGCCAUUGACCCCGCCUCGCGGCGGUGACAUCAUCUCUAGCGCGCGUCCACUCAGUCAGCGUCGAGUCUUCUGAGGAGAGACAGAAAUUCAUGUUCAGUGAAGCUCCUCCCACAAACCCUGCAGAAUGAAACACACUGCAGAUACUGAAGAACACACAGAGGUGAUUGAAGAAAACAAAGAGAAUGAAGAAUUGAGAGAAGUUGAGGAGAAAAAUCAUAUUAAAACUGGAGAAAAACAUUUGAGUUGCUCUCAAACCAAACAGAAAAAUUUAAUGAUCAGAGGAGUCAAGAAAUCUUUCACCUGCACUCAGUGCGGAAAGGGUUUCUCAUUCAAACAUCAUCUUGUGCUUCACAUGAGAGUUCACACUGGAGAGAAACCGUUCACAUGUGAUCAGUGCGGGAAGAGUUUCACACAAUCAGCAAAUCUUAAAUUACACAUGAACAUUCACACUGGAGAGAAACCUUACAAGUGUUCACACUGUGACAAGAGAUUCAGUAGGUCAGGAGAUCUGAAAACACACGAGAGCAUCCACACUGGAGAGAAACCGCACACAUGUGACCAGUGCCGGAAGAGUUUCUCACGAAAAGGACACCUUACAGAGCAUAUAAGAGUUCACACUGGAGAGAAACCAUUCACUUGUGAUCAGUGCGGGAAGAGUUUUACACACUCAGCAUACCUUAAUGAACAUAUGAACAUCCACACUAGAGAGAAACUGCAUGCAUGUGAUCAAUGCAGCAAAACAUUUUUGAGAGCUUCAGACCUGAAUAAACACCUGAGAGUUCAUACAAAGGAGAAACCACAUUCAUGUCAUUUGUGUGGAAAGUGUUUUCCACUUCUACAACAUUUGAAAGGACAUCAGAAAAUACAUACUGGUGUGAGAGAGUACAUGUGCUUUGCGUGUGAAAAGACUUUCAUUUCAGCGAGCAGUUUAAAACGACACCAGAGGAUACACUCUGGAGAAAAACCUUAUAAGUGUUCAGACUGUGACAAGAGAUUCAGUGAUUCAUCAUCUCUGAAAAGACACGAGAGGAUUCACACUGGAGAGAAACCGUAUCACUGCACUAAAUGUGAGAAGCGUUUCAAUCAAUCAUCAUCUCUGCACAGGCAUACAAAAAUCUAUCACAAUAAGUAGAUCAUCUUCAGAUAUGAUGCUGUGAUUCUUCUUCAGAUCAUCUGUGUAAGAAGAUCUGGUGAGUUUUUCAGCUUCACACAAUCCACAUUCUGUCCAGAGGAGAACUGACCCCCGACUGAACCCGCUCUCUCACAUGUGUUUUUCUCUCUCUCCAUUCUGUCACAGAUGGAAGUUGGUUCCUUGCCUCUUUGUCUUCAGUUUGGGACACUUAAUUUCUGGCAGAAUUGUAGACUUGAUUGCACAGACACUAUUUGAACUGAACUGAGCUGGAUAUAGACAUCACUGAAUCAAUGAUGAACUGACUUUAACUGAAAAACUGACUGUUCUCUAGUGUCCUCUUGUAUUAUCAGCACACAUUUUUUUCCUGUUUAACUCUGUAAAGCUGCUGACACAAUCUGUAUUGUAUAAAGCAUUAUAGAAAUUAAGGUGAUUUGAUUUGACAAUCUGAUGAUUAAAAUUGAUCUGUAACAAUCUGCAAUCAUGAGAGCUCAGUAAAUGCUUUUGCUUUAAAUUAUUUUGCCGGGGGGUGAAGAAAUCGCAGCAUGUAUGUGACAGGUUGUAGUACUUAAAAUGUAAAACUUUGCUUUAUGGACCAAUCAGGAAAUCAGAAGUCUAGUAUGUUCACUAUGGAGGUAGAGAGUAAAUGCUGAAGGACGACAGAAAACCAGUAAGUAUAUAGAAUAUUUAUGAUUUUUUUUUUUGCCUUUCCUCUUCUUAAAAGUAAACACUCACGAUAUAAUAUAAUCAAAUAAAUAAUUAAAAGUAAAUUACAUCAAUCCAAUGUAAAGAAAUAAAACACAAAUCACUCUGAUCAAAUCACUGUCAGCUUCACUUGUCAGUUAUGUACAUAU